CUUAUAUAGGGCUGGCGCGGGGGCUGUGCGCUCGGAGAGACAGUCCCGGGACGGAGCUGAGCGGAUCCCAGCCCUGAGCGGCACGGGUGAGGGCUCCUCAUCUCUGCCCCCCUAAGCCCAGAAUGAAAAAAGCAAGCACUGACCUCCCUCUGAGAGAGUUUCAAGGUUCCUAGCAGCUAGAAGCAGGGCCUUAGUCUCCCAACAGUCAUGUGGGCAACACAGCUCAUUAGCACCCUCUGCCUCCUGGCAGUGGCCAGGGCAGCUGAGGUCAAGAAGCCAGCAGCGGGGAAGACCGGGGAGGCAAAGCUGAGUGAGAAGGCCACCACCUUGGCAGAGCGGAGCGCCAACCUGGCCUUCAACCUCUACCAUGCCAUGGCCCAGGACAAAGGGGUGGAGAACAUCUUGCUGUCCCCUGUGGUCGUGGCUUCAUCCUUGGGACUGGUGUCUCUGGGUGGGAAGGCAACCACAGCUUCUCAGGCCAAGGCGGUGCUGAGUGCUGACAAGCUCCGUGACGAUGAUGUACACACGGGCCUGGCUGAGCUGCUCGCCUCUGUCAGCAACUCCACGGCUCGCAACGUGACGUGGAAGCUGGGCAACCGCCUCUAUGGGCCCAGCUCAGUCAGCUUUGCUGAUGACUUUGUCCAGAGCAGCAAGAAACACUACAAUUAUGAGCACUCCAAGAUCAACUUUAGGGACAAGCGGAGUGCCCUGCAGUCCAUCAAUGAGUGGGCCUCCCAGACAACGGAUGGCAAGCUACCCGAGGUCACCAAGGACGUGGAGAAGACCGAUGGAGCCCUCAUCGUCAAUGCCAUGUUCUUCAAGCCCCACUGGGAUGAAAAAUUCCACCAUAAAAUGGUUGACAAUCGAGGUUUCAUGGUGACCCGAUCCUACACUGUAGGCGUGCCCAUGAUGCACCGUACAGGUCUCUACAACUAUUAUGACGAUGAGACAGAAAAACUCCAGAUGGUUGAGAUGCCCUUGGCCCAUAAGCUCUCGAGCCUUAUCAUCAUUAUGCCCCACCAUGUGGAGCCCCUGGAGAGGCUGGAAAAGCUCCUGACCAAGGAGCAGCUCAAGACCUGGUUGGGCAAGAUGAAGAAGAGGGCUGUGGCUAUCUCCCUGCCCAAGGGAGUCGUGGAGGUGACCCAUGAUCUCCAGAAACAUCUGGCUGGCCUGGGCCUGACAGAGGCCAUUGACAAGAACAAGGCAGACCUGUCUAGAAUGUCAGGCAAGAAAGACCUGUACCUGGCAAGUGUCUUCCAUGCCACAGCCUUUGAGUGGGACACAGAUGGCAAUCCCUUUGACCAGGACAUCUAUGGGCGUGAGGAGCUGCGGAGCCCCAAGCUUUUCUAUGCUGACCAUCCCUUCAUCUUCCUGGUCAAGGAUGCCCAGAGUGGCUCCCUGCUCUUCAUCGGCCGCCUGGUCCGGCCGAAGGGUGACAAGAUGCGUGACGAGCUUUAGGCCCUUGAACAGGGGUAGGGAAGGGGGUGGGGUGGAUGGGUGGGUGGGUGGUGGGUGUGGGCAGAACUCAACGGGUGCUAUUUUGGCCAGCUGGGGCUGGGUCAGAGCCAAGGCUAGGAGGACCGAGGCUCAGUAGUGGUGGCAGUAUCAAGGCAGGAGCCUCUAGAUUCAGGUGGUGGUGGACCUCACCUCUCCACUGUUCCCUGGAGUUUCAGGAAAGGGGGCUGGUUUUUCCAGUGCCCUGGACCGUCCCUCCGGAUAUUAGGGGCGUGCUGCUGAGGGGGGGUGGGUGGAUGAUAGUUCCUCUGGGGUUUGGGCUGAGAGUCUGAGAGAGGUGGGUUUUGAUAUCCCCUCACAUGCCCCUGGGGAGAGCAUUCUGGUGCUUCCCUCUUGUUGGAGUGCCCCCAGGUUCUCUGAAAGUGGGCUGAGAAACAUCCCCCACAGACUUCCCCCGCCCCUCCCCAGGUCCCCUAGCUGUCUCAUCUAGAGUCCAUUCCAUCCCUACUUGGCAUGUUAUUACCAAUAGCCAUUUUUGUGUCUCUCUCUGAGCUGAAAGGGGCCUUAGAGACCAGCUAGUCUAUACCCCCCCCCCCACAUUGUACAGAUGAGGAAACAGACCCAGAGAGAGGCUCGCCUACUCUAUUACACAGUGAGUUAGUGGCAAAUUAGAACCCAAAUCUCAUCUCUACUAGACUGCCGCUUCUUCUGUAUUAGAGACUACCACCAGGGAAAUCCUAUACAGCCAUGAGCCAGAAUCCCAUGGCCUGUCACAUUCAAAAAGCCAUAUUCUAUGACCCAGCUACUGAGUAAUUUGCUGCGUCAAGAAUAGAGUGUGCCAAAGAACAGCACCCCUCCCAAACGCAUAUGUAGGGUGAUAGACCAUUGUACCUGGAAAGGACCCUAGAAGUCAUCUGGUAAAACCCUCUCAUUUUUACUAAAGGAGAAACUGAGACUUAGAGAGGGAGAGUGACUUGAGAGGAGGUAGGAGAAGAGCUGGGAUUCUGGUUCAGGGCCUCUGACUCCCAAACACAGUGUUUUUUCCACCCUGUCACACCCAAACCUACACCUGCUUUUGGCCCCUCCUCCCACUACCCCCCGGGGCUGGGGCCCCAAUGUUGCACUGUGACCCUCCGGGCCGGUGGGAGGACAGGCCGGAGAGCAAGGAGACGGGAGGGGAAGGAAUUUUUGUGCGGCAUGUGCCCACGUGGUCCGCACAGCUUUAUUUUCUCAAAAGGAGUCUUUUUUUCAAAGUUGGGUUGGGUGGGAAGGGAUGGGGAGAAAAUUAGCCCUUGUAUCUGCCAAAGCAAGGGUCUGUUUGUAAGAUUUUUGCGAUCAAAUGUGUUUUGCAAUAAAAUGUGUUUUUUUUUUUUUUUC